GGCGCCCGCCAGCGUCGUCCCGGGUGCGGCCGAGAACGCGUCGCGUGCGCGUCCGGAGCGGUUGAGUCAUGUCGGCGAUGUACGAGGAGGGCAGUGACCUGCAGAUGGACGUGAUGCCUGGCGAGAGCGACCUUCCGCAGAUGGAGGUAGGCGGCGGGGACCGCGAGCCGGGCCCGAGCCCCUCCCGCGCCGGCGCUGCGCCGCUGCUCGAGGAGGAAGGCCCCAAGGAGGAGGAGGAGGCGGAGGCCCCGAGCCGCGGGGAGCAGCCCGGCCCGAUCGCGGCCCCCGACUUGGAGAGCGAGGACGAGGGCGAGGAGUUCGAUGACUGGGACGAAGACCAAGACUACCCCGAGGAGGAGCAGCUCCGCGGCGCCGGCUACCGGGUCUCGGCGGCCCUGGAAGAAGCCAACAAGCUCUUCCUGCGAACGUCCCGAGCCGGGGCAGCCGCCCUGGAGGGCGCCGGGUUUCCGAUGCACUCGGAGAAGACCCCGUUUGAUCAGUUAGCGUUCAUCGAAGAGCUUUUCUCCCUCAUGGUCGUCAAUCGGCUGACCGAAGAGCUGGGCUGUGAUGAGAUCAUUGAUAGGGAAUAGGUGCAGGCUGUUCAAAGAGGAGGACACGACUGGAGGGGAGUGCCAGCGGUCCAUUAUUGGAGGGAAUCAUGCGAAGCAGAUUAGUGCCAGUGGAAACCAGGCUGGUACCCACACAGAAGGGAAGGAAAGUACCUCGUUUUGCAAAAUAGAAGAGUAAUAGGACUGUGAUUCAGCAGUUGUGCAAAAGGAAGAAAACCGUUAGGAUUGUAGACUGUUGAACCCUGUCUUCAAGAAUGUCUUGAAACACCCCCAGCCUUGCACGUUGUUGUUGGCCCAGGUUAUUUCCCCUGCCUUGGGAAAAGACCUUCCUAUGGCUUCACUGUAAGGGGUGGUUUUGCAGGAGCAAGGCAUGACCAAAUUGCCAAUAAAAGAGCUCACUGAUACCAUAUGAUGGGGGAAAAUAACCAGAAGACACGCCUGAUUUUCUUCUGACUGUGAACCUAUUGAGAAAACUUUGAAAUUUAAAAUUUUGUAAUCUAUUCAUGUCAUCGUUAUCGAAAGUAUUAGUGGAACAUAGAUUUUGUUUUAUUCAGUUAAUGCAAAAGAUGGACCCCAAAGAGGCAGUUACAGUAUAUAUCACAUGUGCUAUAUGUUUAAAUGUGUUUCUAAGAGCUUCUUAAUUUUUGUUUAUACAGUGUGUCGGUUACUUAGAAAACUAUGAUCAAUAUUUUGAGAAAAUCCAUGUGGUGACCAUUUAAAAAAUGAAGACCACUUUGAAGAUUUUAGACGCUAAUGUAUUAUGAGAAAGUACAAAGAAAACCAUGUCUAAUAUUCAUACACUAAGAAGGUAUCCAUUUUGGUCAACUUCAUAUUAAAAGAACUGUUGGUGAAAUCUCACGUGAAAGGAAAGCUACAAAUCCAAAAGACUGAACAAUUAACACCAUUUACUUUUUAAAGGUCUGCCUAGAGGUUUGAAACCUCAACCUCUGCCGGUGUCCCUCUCUCUCCUUCUCUAAUGAAGCUUGUUAUUUGUUGGACACGAGCAUCUGAGAUAAUAAACAUUUUUGUUCUGUG